AUGUUUCAAAUCGGUUUCCUCCUUUGCCUGGUAGGGCUCGCUGUGGGCGGCCCGCCAGUUACAAAAACGAGGGAGGAAAUCGAGUCCUUCAAGAAUUUCUUGGAAAGAAGCCGUACAGCGAAUGGUGUCCGCCUCUCAGAACGCGUGCUUGCAAACCCGCUGGCUAGUGCGUGGGAGAACAGUGGCAAGUUCGAAGGUGACAUCUUGUUGGACGACUGGCAGGUGGAGGCUAUGGUGCAGGAGUUUGCUGCCGGUAGGAACGCCUACGUCUGGCCAAACACCAAGUGGCCCGACAACACCAUUGUUUACGAGUUUGCUUCGGGUGUAUUUGGGAGCCGGCAACAACGAGCUAUUACGAACGCUAUGCGAGAUAUCGAAAAGAACACCUGUCUUAGAUUCCGUCAGAGACGUUCUGGAGAGUUCAACUAUGUGAGAAUUACGGGUACGCGAGACGGAUGCUACGCCAGCAUCGGGUACUGGCCAGAACGUGGUCCUCACACCCUCAACUUGGCCCGUGACACUCCUGGCAUCGGCUGCUUUGUCCAUACCACCAUCAUCCACGAGUUGCUCCACGUCAUCGGUUUUUUCCACAUGCAGUCCACUUACAAUCGUGACGACUAUGUGCGCGUUAUGUGGGAAAAUGUUUUUCCAGGCAUGGAGCACAACUUCGAACGCUACGAAUCAAACAUCGUGCAGAACUUGGGCGUACCAUAUGAGUACACAAGCUGCAUGCACUACGGUCCUUACGGGUUUAGUGUCAACGGCAAACCCACUCUUGUACCACUGCAUAGUUUCCAAGGCGUAAUGGGUCAGCAAGACUAUGUGACUCAGUAUGAUUGGCUGCGGGCUAGAAGACACUAUAACUGUCCAGGCGCCUGGUCUACCGAUGACCUUGAAUCACAAUCGGAAACAUUAGAAAAUGAAAAUGUAAAAGUCGUUGAAGCUCCUGUAGAAACUGAAAAUUAUGUUUAA